CUACCGUAGUUAUGAUAACAUAACCAAUAUCAUAGUUUUAUUACUCUUUUAUAUAUUAUAUUUUUACACGUAUAUUUAUUAUGUUUGUAUAUUGUACAUUAUAUUGAAACAUAACUACAAUAAUUUAUUAUCAUAAUAAUGAUUUUUCAAGAAAAUUUUUAUAUUACAUUUGAUCGAUUAUCGUGAAUUGUUAGUUUCAUAUUCUAAAGCGCUGUAAGCGAUUUCUAGUGUCGUCGUCGAUAAUGUUCUCGUUGAUGUUGACAGGUUAUAAGAUAUUUUUCAUAGUUCGAAUGUUAUUGCAUUAAUUCAGAAUAUAUUAUAUGUGUCGACUUUGGAAAAUGAAAUGUUAUUGGUUAACAAAUAAUGGCCAUGGAUACCGUAUACAAACAUUUAAAAAUUCAAAACAGACCUUACAGCGUGAACGAUAUAGUAUUGAAUUUGCACAAUGAAUUUGGUAAAUCUGCCGUUCAAAAGGCCAUUGAUCAUUUAUUAACAGAAGGAAAGAUAUUUGAAAAAGUGUAUGGAAAGCAAAAAGUUUAUUGCGUUGUUCAGGACUCGACGCAAGAUAUAGAGGAAUUAAUGAGAAUCGAUAAAGAAUUACAGGCACAUGCGAACGACGUUGAAACUAGAUAUCAAGAUUUAGAGAAAGAGAUUAAAAAUCAAGAGACUUUAUUAAAAUCUUUAAAAUCAUCUGUCACUGUUGAAGAAGCAUACAAAGAGAAAGUUUUACUCUUGGAAAGUAUUAAUGUUUUAACAAAUAAAUUAGAUAAACUUAUUGAAUCUACCGGUAGUAUGGAUUUAACUGAAAUAAAAAGAAAAACACAAUCCUCUUUGGAUGAAUAUACACGUGAAUAUGUUAAACGUAAAAGAUUAUGUACAGAUAUAAUAGAUUGUAUUUUAGAAAAUUAUCCUGGUACUAAAAGUGAGUUGUACGAUGAAAUAGGUAUAGAUCCAAAAAUUAUUAAUUGAUAAGAAUAAUAUUAUAAAUUUUUAUAUUUAUUUUUAAUGAAAUAAAAUAAUUAACAUUACAAAAUUUUAUAAUCUCUGUUGAAAUAUAUUAAUUUAUUAUUCGCUAUUAAUGUAUAUUUUUCAUUAGCCAAAUAAUUUUACAAUCUUUUGAAGUUUGAAUAAUGGUUGGAAACGUCUUAACCAGAAUUUAUUAUUGAUAGAUUUCAUAUAUGAUCCUUCCAAAACGCAUUUACCGUUGAGACAAAACUGGAAAAGAAGAAAAAAAAAGAAAAAAAGAAAAAGAAAAAGAAUUAAGAAGAUAAUCAAUUUUGAGAAAGAAAAUAUUUCAGGAAAUAUAUUUGAUAUUACUGUAGAAAGAAAAUUGUUUAAUUUUGUUGAAGAAUUUAAUUGAUAUAAAUAAUGUUUAAUUUUAUAUACUUACAACGCCUUUUCCGCAAGGAGAACCUUCAGCUGCUGGAGCUAUAGCUGUACAAGCUUUUAUAUUUCCUGGUACUAAACAAUCUAAUCUAGUACAGACAGUAUGAUCAGUCUGAAACGUACAAACAUUUUAAUAUAUUUUACACUUUAAAUUUAUAUAUAUAUAUAUGUUUGUAAUUGUAAACUUACAUUACAUGCUUCUGCUUCAGGACCAUGUACUUUUUUACAUUGAUAAUCGAGUGACAUUAAUUUGCCUGGUAGAAUUCGAGGUAAUGAAUUAUCAUUUACAGGUUCAUUGUAAAGACAUUUUGCUCUAUCUUCACUGUAAUAA